UAGCUUCCCUGAAUCUUCUAGCGAGACUGUCUUUUUUUACCUACCGAGGACAACAAAGUCCACUUUUGCCCACCAUUCGACUAGAGUCACCGCUUUGGACUCAAGUUCUCUUCUAUCAGGCUACAGAACCAUUUGCUACCCUGGACUCGUCCCUAUUACUUUUUAUCAUUGUAGGACUCAUCACUCAUCGGUCAUCAUGCCAGGAGGAUCGCUUAACAUGCCCAGAAGUACUUCGCAGAUGUUACGCUUCAUAGUCGUUGGAGGGAGCAUCGCAGGCGUCGCUUGCGCAUAUGCGCUACAAGCAGCAGGCCACCAAGUAUUAGUUGUGGAGCAGGGCGAUGGGAGGUGUGAUAGUCACGGCGGCAUACGGUCUCCACCAAAUAUGACGCGCCUGCUGAAUCAUUGGGGACUCGGACCUGCUAUCUCCCGAGUUGCGAUAAAAGCCAACAGAUUUACUUUCAUGGAUGGGAAAUCUGGGGAAGAACUUGGCACUCUCGUACUGCACGAGAAGCUUAUGAAGGCGUUGGCGGCGGACUUUCUAUAUAUCCAGCAUGGAGCACUGCACACGAUAUUCGUCGAGUAUGCCAAAAAUGCCGGCGUUCAGUUCCGAUAUAACACGGAAGUCGUAUCGGUCGAUCCGUGGAAGGGCAUGGUGAUUAUGCGCAAUGGUGCUAAAUUGUCUGCGGACGUAAUUGUUGGCGCGGAUGGUUAUAGGAGCGUCGUGCGUCCUGUGGUGGUUGGUCCUGAAGGAGUGAAAGGCGUUUUGGAUAAGCGUGUAUCGGUAAACAUCACCGUACCCACAGACCUGAUGCGGCAACACAAAGAUCUUGUUAAAUUAACGGUCUCACCAGAGUGGUCACUAUGGUUGGGUGAUGAUUGCGCGACGCAUGGGCUACUCACCGUUGAUCCCCGGUCACUCAAGAAAGAAUAUGCAGUAGUCAUGCAUGUUCCUACGGAUGGAAAACCGGCACCAAACUCGUGGGAUCGGUCACAACCUUUGGAUAAGAAAUUUUUGAAGCUGGACCGCUUUGAACCUAGAAUACAAAAGCUAGUAGGACUUGCGCAAACUAUGACUCCAACUGGCCAUACUAUUUACGAACCCUUUGAUAAUUGGGUUCAUGAGAGCGGAAAGGUAGUACUAGUUGGUGAGGCCGCCCACCCAUUGAUGCCCAACGGGUCACAUAAUGCUGCAAUGUCGAUAGAGGACGCCAUGACACUAUCGACUCUCUUUUCUCUCCCAGCAUCUAAAUCGCAUACGUCCGUUCUCCUUUCCGCUUACGAAGAGCUGCGACAGCCACGUUGCGCUGCGACGCAAGCUUCUGAAUUACGGAAACGAGAUUUCAUAUGCUUGCCUUUGGGUCCUGAUCAACAACUUCGCGAUGACGGUUUGCGAGAUGCAAGAGCGCGGGCGUUGCUUGACUGGGACGAUGCGGAAGAAGAGUUUUUACGUGAUACAUGGGAGGAAUAUAUCGACCUAUUCGCUUUUGACGCUCAGGAAGCGGUGGAGGAUUGGUGGACAAAAUGGGGGCCGGCUAUAUCGCGCCCGCGGAUGGUAGACUCUCGAAUAGAGAGCGCAGUGGGCAGGUUUGAAUCGUUGCAUCUGAAAGUGGAUAUUUCGUAGGAGGCGGUAGUAUGAGUGCUUUUGCAGGAGGAGGAACGAAAUAAUCGUGCUUCGAUACCUUGGACGCUAUUUACCCACACGACGACACCCCAAGCUGAAGGACGAUCAGUUUAGAUGCUCGCGCCUCAUUGCUUUCAUAUCGAUACCAUGUAUUAAUAUUACCAUUGUCGUACGGGAUUUGGAUGUAGUUUCUGUUUCUUGCUUGUUAUACUACUACAACCUGUCGUUUGUUUACCGAUGUGACCGUUCGUUUGCGUCGACAGCCUGAAAGCAACUACAUGUACAUG